AUGGUUGGAGGAGGUGACAGUGAACUUGGAGGUGUUGGUGAAUCUUCACGAAACGCGCCUGACGGGAAAGACGGCGACACUAAGGCAGAUAGAAUUAAGGCAGACUAUGGCACGUUUGGUCAGGUGUUGUACCACGUGGUGUCAUUCACUGAGGGCUACGAGCAGCAGGUGUUGUACUUGUGCAUGAGGAUCUUCGAGUCAACUAUGAGGUUCACCAAGAGUCAACUGACGAUGCUGAUGACCGUGUCCAUCAUGUCACGGUUGUGCUUCUCGCUCGUUUGGGGGUUGCUGGCGGACGCGUUUGAGACUAACCUGGUGAUGUCUGCUGGGUUGUUAUUCAUGGGCAUCGCCUCCAUUCUGCUAAGCGCCACGUCACGAUUUUCGUCGCAAAAGAUCAUCUCGGAUGAAGAUGAUGAGCAGAGCGGUAACAGCAGCACGUUCACCCGUAUUCAUGCGCUGAAUUGCAUCGGCCGUAUGCUGUGUGCCGCAAUAACCACGGAGGCUGCUCAAAACAUUUUGCUGGGAUUUAUCGGCUGGCGCGUGUCGUACAUUGUGUUGGGCUACCUGUGGAUUUCGGUUGGCAUUGCGAUUGUAUUUGCAAUGCAUACUGACAGCGUACUAACCACUCCCUAUGGAUCCAUGGACAAAUUCAUCAACCAAAUAUCCGGCGCUUUUAAAGCGGUUUUUACGAAUUGGUCAGCAUUCCUGUGUAUAUUCACGAUGUUGAUCGCGGAGGCUCCGAUGUGCACGUUGCCUUACAUUAUCACCUACUUGGAGUACUUGGGAGUGUCUGACAUGAAGGUUGGUAUUGCGAUUUUGGUCACGACGAUUGGCGGCGCGGCAGGGACAGCUGCUGGUGGUAUAGUCAUAGAAAAAAUUACAGGUAUGCAUAAAAAGUAUGGUGAGCUAAUAGCCGGAAUUGUCGUGAUGGGCGUGCGAUUAAUCGUUUGCGUUUUGUUUUUCGUGUCCCCGGCGCCAGAUGGACGUCUGAUGUGGUACCACUACAUAGAGUUUGCGGUUCUCGGAGCGACUUUGGUCACGGUUGGUGGCGUAGAUAGACCCAUUAUGAGAAAAGUCAUUGAGGACAAGUACCAGGCUAGCGCAUCAGCCAUCAUCCAGUGCAUAUCGGGUAUCUCCAUUAGCGUCAGUUUCGUCGAGAUCUUCGCAUACGUGUCAGAGAAGCUGCAUGGUUACUCCCCGUCAACACAGGCAAUUGAUGACAUGGACGCCGCUCUUAAAGAUAACAACACCGAGGCUCUGAGGAAGUCGACCAUGUACAUGAUCGUAAUUGGAUCGCUGCUCAACAUUGCCUGUUAUGGUGCCUUGUUUGCCACGUAUAAAGAAGAUAAGGAAAAAGUUGAAAAGGCGAAUGUGGAAGUAUGGGUGGAAAGAAAGGUAAGGCAAGAGAAGCGUGAAGCAUUGAAGAAGACGAAAAAACAAGAAGAGGCAGUGGAAGGAUCUGAUGAUUUAUCAGGGUACACGGAAGCCUCAGAGCGGGCCAAACUUGAAGUAGAAAUUCCAGCACCCCCACCGGAAGUAGACCGAAUGGAACAGGUAGAGCAAACGCAACUACAAGGCGACAGGGGGCCGGAAAUGACAGAGGAAGAGAGGAAAAAUUAUUUGAAAAUCGCACAACCAAGUUGGCUAGAAGAAACAUCUUCGCGUUAUUCGGUGCGUUGA